AUGCAAAUCAAGAAGACUUUCGCUGCCUCUGCUUUAGCUGGUUCUGCCAUUGCCGCUUAUGUUCCAUCUGAACCAUGGACUACAUUGACUCCAGCCGCUACCUACAACGGUGGUUUGACUGAUUACGCUUCUACUUUCGGUAUUGCCGUCGUCCCAAUCACUACUUCUGUCUCCACCCACUCUGCUCCAGGUGCUACUCACACUGCUUCUGCUGAAUCAAAGGGUAAGAGAGACGUUGCCGCUAUCUCCCAAAUUGGUGACGGUCAAAUCCAAGCUACUACUGCUACCUUGAAGCCAACUCCAAAGACUACCGCUGCCGCCGUUUCUCAAAUUGGUGACGGUCAAAUCCAAGCUACUACUGCUACUCCAAAGCCAUCUCCAAAGACUACCGCUGCCGCUGUCUCUCAAAUCGGUGAUGGUCAAAUCCAAGCUACUACUGCUACUCCAAAGCCAUCUCCAAAGACUACCGCUGCUGCUGUCUCUCAAAUUGGUGACGGUCAAAUCCAAGCUACCACCAAGACUACCGCUGCCGCUGCUUCCCAAAUUGGUGACGGUCAAAUCCAAGCUACUACCAAGACCUCUUCUAGUGCUUCAGCUUCAUCUGCAGCUCCUUCCGUUGCUCCAGCUUCCCACAACUCCACUAGCGUCGACCCAGUAACCGCUGAAUCUUGUAAAUCCACCGGUACUCUAGAGAUGACCUUAAAGGGUGCUGUUCUAACAGACGGUAAGGGUAGAAUCGGUUCCAUUGUUGCUAACAGACAAUUCCAAUUCGACGGUCCACCACCACAAGCUGGUGCCAUCUACGCUAAGGGUUGGUCUUUGACCCCAGCUGGUAACUUGGCUAUUGGUGACAGUGAUGUCUUCUACCAAUGUCUAUCUGGUGAAUUCUACAACUUGUACGAUGAAUCCAUCGGUGACCAAUGUAAACCUGUUUACUUGCAAGCUAUUGAUUUGCUAGACUGUUAA